GCGGCCAAUUAGGGUGGAGUAACGGUCGUGGAAAACCCGCCCAAAGGCAAUUAAGGGCAAAAGACGAAACAAAUUUGGGAAAAACUUUUUCUUUUUUUUUUUGUGAAGCAAAAAAGGAGGCAGAAGAGAGGCGGGGGGUAGAGGAGGUUAAGAAAUGAUAGAAAGCUCGACAGUGAAGGACAAGAACGUAUCGGUACGCUUUGAAAUCGCGGACCAACUUGAACUUGAUGGACCUUCAUCCCAGAAGAUACUUGCGAACUUUUUUUGCAUGUGCGGUCGAAUUCACUGGUGGCGCUUGAAGUGACGGCGGCGGCAGCGGCGGAGCUGCAGCACGUCGCAAUUAUUUUACAAAAAGUUUUCUAAAACAUUGAGGGGAAAGACGAUUGGCGGGCGCGUUCGCCGUCGCGUCUUGGAGGAAGAAAAGCGAAGAAAAAAACAAAAGGAGUAAAGUAGCAAACAUGAUGAGCGCGCCCUUGUGAGAGAUGCGCUGAGGACGGUCCCUGGUUUGCGGCUGCUGCGUUUUCAUUGUUUGACGUCCGAACGGAACGGGAUUCGAUCCGAUCCGGUCUGUCCAGAGCCGCCCGCUCGGGGAUGGGGGCCGCGCCGGGCUGGGAGGAGGGCGAGUUCGAGUUCCAGCUGGUGUUCGAGGAGGAGCCGUGUGCGCGGCGCCCGGCUGACGGGGACAGAGCCGAGUUGGAACCGGGCGGCAGCGCCGACACCAACCUGGCUGCCUCCAACAUCGGCCAGCCAAUCAGCAUCCCCGCUGUCCAGCUACCAUCCAAUCAGAGAGCAGGGAUGAACUCCCCGCCCCCCAGAAGAACACUCAUGAGGGAGUAUAGUGGCACGUAUGAGAGCCUCCCAGCUCGCUCAGUACAGGUAUCAGGCUCCAGGGUCCUGGAAUGCCCCAGUAUUCAGAUCACUACUAUCUCCCCAGAAGAGGAUUCUACUCCAGCUGAGGGUGCUUACUGGGACAGCGGGGGUGGCUGGGAUCGUGAACGUCUCUACCUGCCGCUGCUGGACCCCUUUUCUUACCGAGAAGGGGCAGGAUCUCUGAGUCCCAGUCCUGCAUCCAGCCCAUCAUCCCGCGGCUGGCUCAGUCCUGCCUCUAGCUGUGACUCCCUCUUGGUGGAGGAGGAUGAGUUGGCUGAGGCCACCACUCACUUUUGCCUGACCCCUACAUCCCGUCCGACCUCCCCUGGGGGCAAGAGGCGUAGGAAUUCCCCUCUGCCUUCACCCAGCACCUCACGUAGGGGUAGUUACUCAGAGGAAUACCCGAGCCCUCUGGACAGUGUGGACCCCGCCCCUCAAAGCCAAGCACUGCCUGGCAGCCUGGAGCUCAGUAUUCCACAGAAGACCAGGAAGACAUCCCUGGAACAGGUAUCGCCUCGUGAUGUGGAUCCAGAGCAGGCCCAAAUCACAACCUCACCAUGCCCACAUCCAGAUGUACCUCAACCCAGGAGGGAGACUUCCACCCUGGCCAUGGAUUACCUGUCUGUUCCUUCUGCACUGGGCUGGGGAAGAAGCAGAGCCAGCGCACACAGCCCUUUGUUUCGGCCAAAUGCUCUGCCGCCCCUUGAUUGGCCGCUGCCGUCCCAGUUCGAUCAGUACGAGCUGCGCAUUGAGGUGCAGCCCCGCCCACAUCACCGCGCGCAUUACGAGACGGAAGGAAGCCGCGGGGCAGUGAAAGCCACGCCCACUGGGCACCCUGUCAUAAAGCUGCUGGGCUACACGGAGCGACAGCCCCUGACGCUGCAGGUGUUUGUGGGGACAGCAGAUGAUCGGUCUAUCCGUCCACACCCUUUCUACCAGAUACACAGGGUGACUGGGAAGAUGGUGGGGACAGCAAGCCAGGAGAGCCUCCAGGCUGGUACCAAGCUCCUGGAAAUCCCACUGAACCCCGAAACGGACAUGACGGCCCUCAUCGACUGUGCGGGGAUCCUGAAGCUGCGCAAUUCUGACAUUGAGCUGAGGAAAGGCGAGACGGACGUGGGGAGGAAGAACACACGAGUGCGCCUCGUGUUCCGAACACAUGUUCCCCUGGCGCCCCCCCUGUCCACACCCAGCCGCAUCCUGGCCUUGCAGGUGGCGUCGCUGCCCAUCGAGUGCUCUCAACGGUCAGCUCAGGAGCUUCCGGUUGUUGAGUCGCUCAGCCUGUCCUCCUGCUCUGUGGAAGGGGGGGAGGAGCUUCUGCUAGGUGGGGCCAAUUUCCUGCCAAGUUCCAGGGUACUGUUUAUGGAGAGAGGGACAGAUGGCAAGCUGCAGUGGGAAGAGGACGCUCAGGUUGACCGGGACAAAAGCAGUGAGUGCCUGCUGUGUGUGACAGUGCCACCCUACAGUGACUUGUGUGUGAGUCAGCCUGUGUCGGUGUGUCUCUACGUUUCAAAUGGAAAGAGGAAGAGGAGCAGCACGCAGUGCUUCAAGUACUUGCCAGUGAUGUUUAAAGAAGAGGACCCCCUGUUGCCCCAGACAUGCCCCACGGCUUUGCCCCCCGUGGGAGCGAGCAGAGACUCUGGGGCUGCAGUGCCACUAAGGGGCAAUUCCUCUGAGGAGAGGGUGCUUGCAACAGGGCAACAAGCAUUCCGCCUCCCUGCUUACCCCACUGAUCAUCCCCCAGUGUACCACCACCAGGGGUAUCACGAAGAGUACUGCCCUAAGACAGAGGCAGUGGAGGAGGGCACUAGUGGCAGAAGUGGGCUGUCUGAAAGGCACUCCAGUUUCGAAAGCUUGGAGCUGGGCUUCACAGAGCUGCUGCCCCCACUGUACCCCAGGAAUCCACACCCGUCAUCUCCCUCACCAUCCCCCUGGCUGGAUUCUCCGUACCUUUCUUCAUCCCCCUCCCCAUCACACUCUUCCUCGCUCAGCCCCUUCCCAGCCAGCAGCCCCCUCUCCACUUCCCCGCUUCCUCCUCUGCCACAUUCUCCUUACCCUAAUUGCUCCUACCCCCAGGAGAUUUGCCCUUCCCCACCCCCCAAUCCUGCUGCCUAUCAGGACAUUUACCCCCCGUCCUACACCCAGUUUGAAAGUUGGGGACCCCAGUGCCGAGGGCUCCAAGAGAGGCUCACCCCUCCAUCAGGGACUCAAGCUGGGAUGAAAAUGCAGGAAAAUUCUGUGGAUUUUGCAGGCCCAUCACCCAUCCACAACAUUACCUUGGAAGAAGUGAACGAAUUCAUCGGAGAAGACAUCAGUUCGUUCUCUUCUGCUCACAUGGAGAGCAGACCAGAAUAAAGACAGUUUGUUAUUGUUGCUGUGCUGAAUACAUAAUUGUUACUUUCAUUACACAUUUCCAUAUCAUAGACCUAUACAUAUUGCGCAUAUAUGGAAAUAUGGUAAGAAAAGAUCAGUAAACAAGACAAAAUUGGAAGAACUGUGUUCCUGUUUUUAAAAAGACUUCUAUAACAUGGAACUACUUUAUCUCAGAGAGCGCAGUUGUAAUUAUAUGUAUAGAUACCUGUUGUAUUACGCUGUGUAUGAGACGUAAGAAGGAUCUGUUUUUAAAUAAAUGAAAACAAGGAUUCA